UUUCUGGUGGUCAGCAAGCAACUGGGCAACCCCGGUCGUCGUCGUCGUCGUCGUCUGGUCGUCACGCCCGUCACGCCAUCAGAGAUUCCCAGAAAAACGGAGGCUUCGCAGGGGAAAAGAUUUCUACUUUUGCAGUUCUUUUUGCCUUGCUCGGACUGCGAUUAACGUUCAUGAGUUGAGCGGGUUCACUAGUGGAGCGAGCGAUGGCUGGAGCAAUGAGAACCUGCGUGAUGACGGCAACAGUAACCUUGCUUGCUCCGUCGCGAGUUGCUUCAGCCACCAACCGACGAGCUCUUCCCUCGAUUUCGUUCAGACCCGCGAACAGCAGGACUUCCGGAAGAGGCGUCUCCUCCUCGUCGUCGUCGCCUUCGUUCUCGGACAAUCAGACCGCGGCCGUCGCUUCGCCGCCGGAACUAGAGCUGGAUUCUGCUGCGGAAGUGGUCAGGAGGUUCUAUGGAGGGAUCAACAAUCAGGACCUCUCCGCCGUGGAGGGCCUCAUCGCCGACAAGUGCGUGUACGAGGACCUAAUCUUUCCCCGUCCCUUCGUGGGUCGCGAGGCCAUCCUAGAUUUCUUCAAGAAGUUUAACAAUAUCAUAGGAACGGAUCUCCGCUUUGUAAUUGAUGAUAUAUCAGGGGAGGAUUCUUCAGGUGUAGGCGUCACAUGGCAUUUAGAGUGGAAGGGAAAGCCUUUUCCAUUCAGCAAAGGAUGCAGCUUUUACCGGCUUGAAGUCAUCAACGGAAAGAGACAGAUUAUCUAUGGAAGGGACAGUGUCGAACCUGCAUUAAAACCUGGGGAGACUGCCUUGGUUGCAAUUAGAGGUGUGGUAUGGCUACUGCAGAGAUUUCCUCGGCUGGCGGAUUGGUUAAAGGGAAAUUAGCGUGAUACACCCCCGCUAAGAAGUGAAGUUCUCGCUCGCUUAGUGUGACCAAUUUCAUGAAGAUGAAUAGACCCGCUCUAAGAAGUGAAGUUCUCGCUUGCUCGUCUCUCUCAUCAUAAGGCGCUUUUCGACGCUGUCUAUCUGGCAAAUCCCCUCUAAGUGUAGGGAGAUUUGCAUCGGGAAGCAUGUGUAGUGAUGUUUUCUAGGGAAGACCAUGAAAAGAAAGCCUCCUUUGGCUUUUCUGACCGUUUUGUACCAUAACUUGUUGUGACUCGAAAUUAAUUCAGAUGAAUUCUCUCCUCGUGAAAAAUAUGCAGAACGAACUAGGAAUGAGCAUGUACAGCGCUAAUGAAUUCUCCAAGGUGGGGUAGCACUUAUUCUUGUUCAUAAGUAAGCAUUGGUUGAUGGAUGUUUGUGGCUCGUCUUUUGGGGGGAGCAUGUUCUUUAAUUUGUAAGACCCAUUUGUCA